UUCAGCGACCGACGUAGAACGCAGCCUAGCUGCAAGGCCGAAAAAAGUAGUCGCAGCCUUCGCCACGGCGUAACGACGCAGCGUGUGCCAUCUAAGAACUGUGAAAAACCAGUCCACAACUUCCAUUUAUCAAGUCACGGAGGAGGCAGCUGGCCCUCCGGCGGGUCCGUGGCUGGUGUCGGCGUUUCCGCGACAGGAGCUGGCGGGUAAAACCCAUACAAUUCCUGGAGCUGCCUGUUCUUCUGGUCCACGAUGCGCUGCCAUUCCCCGCUGGACUUGAGGUACUGCUCGAGGUGGACUUCGUUCGAAAACAAAUCUUCGUCGAGCUUGGCCUGCUUGACAACAGUGCCGGGCUUGUAGUAGCACCAUCCAAACUGGCCAUUCCGGUGAAACCAUCCUUCCUUCUGCAGCUCAGAGUACACUUUGCUAAACGUGGGUUUGAACUCGGGGGCGGCAGCCGACACGACCAUCGAUCUCGACGACACACGCGGUGCCUUUUUCGGUCUGGCGGCGGCCGAGGGCUCGUCGGGUUUUGGUUGUUUCGCCGGCGGCUUGAUUUUCCCACACGCGUCGCCCUCAAUCAGCGCCGACGUCGUGUGCUCUUGCUUGAGCAAUUCCGCGACGCGCGACCACACCGACGAUGCUUUGAGGUACGUUUCCAACUCGUCGGCCGUCGCAAACAUCGUCUUGCCGCGCUCGGCCGUCGCCACAUCCGCGUUCGGCUUGUAGUAGCACCACCCCGCUUCCGUCUUCGUUCGAAACCAUCCCUUCGUCUCGAGGUACGCAAACACGCUGGCAAACGUGGCCACAAACUUGGACUUUGACUUGACGCCCGAGACCUUGCGCUUCUUGGCCUUGGGAUGCGGCGAUGCCGUGGUCGGGCGCUUCGAUGGGGGACCGGCCGAUCCAUUCGACACCUGGUCGAGAAUGCGAUCCCACGUGCCGCGUUCAUGACUCGUCAAGUACAGCUCGACAUCAGUCACCGAUCGGAAAAAGUCCGUCCCCAUCACUGGAUUCGUCAUCGUCGCGUACGAUGGCCGACAGUACAACGGACCAACGCUAUCGCUCGACUCGGACCAGCCAUACUCGUUCGAGACCAGCACCGCCAGCACUUUGUGCAUGGGAACGGGCGAUGCAGUCGAAUCGACGGAUGUUUCCGCCACGUCCGAAGCCACCGCGCCACGUGGCGAGGCCGGGGCCGUGCCUCCAAAAUACGCCUGGACAGCGUCCUGAACGGAUGGAUACCGCGCGCCGGCACACUCGACGGCCGCCUUGUCCAAAUCCCGACCAAUCUGUGCGUUUCGGAGGUACGACCACGCGACUUGGUGUACACUGGUCAACGAAGCCGAUGCCAACGCACAUCGCAGCGCCGCAAGGCGGGAGCUGUGGCGCGCGCCAUCGGCGCCGACGAAAGUGACGACGCCGGUCGUUGCUGACGGCUCGACGGUCCACCCCGCGUCGUCCUGCAGAAUCGGCCACGACGCGUACAAGACAAGCUGGCUUUCCGUGUACGUCGGCGACUCGAUCGCGGUUUUCAACUGGGCCGUGGCGUCGGCCAGUUGGUCGGGUGUUGAGAACUCGUACGAUGCCGCGGCGGCUGCGCAGUGUGCAAGCAACUCGAUCGCGUGCAGCGGACACAGCGCGGCAGCAAACUGCGCGGCCUGCUGCAUCGCGAGUUGGUACAAUUCGUCGGCAGAGACCGUGUUUGCGUCGAAGGUCCAUGCGAUCGGGGCAGCGUCGACUAGCGGCAGAACGGCGAGCUGGUUCAGAUCUUGCAUCGUGUUGGCCCUGGCAAAGUAGAAGAGGACGCGGUCCGACAGCACGUCGAAGUUGGGAUGUAGCAGCUGCAGCAUCGUGACAUCCAUGCCCCACGCUUUGGCAACGUCAAACGAGUCAAACAUGACCACAGGCCACCUGAUGCCUUCGCAGAAACUGUCCGGUGUGAACGCGAGUUGCAGCGACACGCCCUGCGGCAACGAUGAAUCGAGGGGGAUGGACGAAAGGUCUUGGAUCACGGCGUCGUCGUAUGCGCGAUGUGACGGUUGAGAUGGUGGCGCCGCCAACGUCGACGACUGUGCGGACUUCUGCAGUUUGAGAGUGACAACGAGGGACGGAGUCGCAUCCAUGGCGGACGGCGUGUGAGGCGCGUUGUCAGGUGUGGCUGGAUCUGUGUUGACAGAAGUGUCCGUCGUGGGUGUUGUCUUGGAGUCGCGGUGGGUUUUCGACCGCAACCCACGCAAGCCGUCGUCGAUUUUGGCGAGGCACUUGCGCACGCUGUUGCGGUUGCUGUUCUCGAGUUGUGCUGUCAACGUCGCGAGUGCAGAUUCGAUCAUGUCGAGGGCCGUUUGGACCGUGACGGGUGGGGACGACGACUGCGCGGCGCCGUGGGCGAGUCGCAACCUGUCUUCGAGCUUGGCCGCGUGGGAUUUCUUUCCUUUCUUCAUCAAACUGCCAAUGCUAACAUUGUCGUCGUCGUCCAGUGCACCUGACCGCGCUUCCGACGUGUGCAAGAGGGUCCCCUUGGACGCCGCCAUCGUGUCCUCACUCCCCUGGGAUGGCUGGGAAUCUCC